AUGACUGCUGAUUUCAAUCCUGAUAUCAAAGUCUCACGACAACAUGCUAUCAACUGUUCAUACUCCUCUUGGUCUCGUCACUUCCCAAAAGAAAAUCUUAUUGAAGCAAAGGUUCUUAGCCCAAUUCCUUCUGAAUUUCUUGGUUAUUUGACUGCAGAUGGUAUCCGACUAGAAGAUAACCCUUAUGAAUAUAUUAUUAAUAAUAGUGACAAUGAUUAUAGUGAUUGGGAAGAUGAACAACAGAAUAAUGAUAGCAAUAAUAAUCAAAUUUCUCAAAUACAUUCAUUUCAAGAGUUUCAUGAAUCAGUGAAAUCUACUAUACUGGCUCUUGAUAACAGUGUUGUACCCAAGUUAAAUUGGUCAGCCCCUAAAGAUGCUAAAUGGAUGCUUAUUAAUAACUCACUUGAAUGCAGAGAUACUAAUGAUAUUUAUCUUUUGCUUAAAUCAAGCGAUCACAUUGUUGAUGAUAUUGAUAAUGCAUUUGAUGGGAUAUCUGAAGAAACAGAUUCAUUCCCCUUUGAAUUGGUAUUAAAGAAAUUUGUUGAUGUUAAUCCAGCAUUAGAAUUCAGAGUUUUCAUUAAAGAUUCAAAUAUAGUGGGGAUUUCCAGCAGAGAUAUGAAUCAUUAUCCUUAUCUUGCCCUGGAAUUACCAACUGUUCGUUCUACUAUUGAAUUGUUCUUCAAUCAAUAUGGCAGAUCUUUUUCUGAAUCAAGUUAUAUAUUGGAUCUUUAUAUCCCCAAGCCUUACACUAAGGUUACUAUAAUUGAUGUCAACCCAUUUUCACCAAAAGCCGAAAGUUAUCUUUAUACUUGGGACGAACUUUUAAGUCCUUUGCCACAAGACGAAUUUGAAUUCCGCAUUGUCCCUGAGAAUAACACUGGAUCUUUUGCUACAAAGGAAUUUAGUGAAAGCCAAGUUCCAUUUGAUGUGGUUGAUGCAGCUGUUGAUACUAGCAGCAUGGUACAAUUAAUGCGUGAAUGGCGUGCAUUACAAGAAAAGGAUGAAUCUUAA